GCAGCACCUCGCUUUAACAGCGCCGAUAUAAACCAACGUUUGGUGCGAUGAUUCUGUGACAGCGAUCAGCCGCUGGCUCUCCGACAGCAGACGGAGCAGCGAGCGUGUGUGUGUGUGUGUUCCUGGUAUUCCUUGUAUGGAAACUAGUGCGGGACCAAGGGGAUAGAGGGGAAUCGCUGAAACCGGUGUCAGAGGGCGGCUGCAGCAGGGCACCGGGGGCCCAGGACACCGGAGAUCACCAGCGCCCUGCACAAUCCCAGGACAAAUCUCGACCCAAGAGAGAGAAAGAAAAAAACAAAAACAAAACUAAGCUGUUUGGAGAUGGAACCGGGGCUGAUGGCGGCUCUUCAGAUCCGCUGCUAAUGUUAUAGUUUGAGAUUAUCAUCAUUUCUCGCUCUUGCUGGAACCUCCUUUCCCCCCCCCCCUCCCCCUGUUGUCAGCUCCCUGAAAUUUAACUUGGGACAGAUUUGUUUAUUUUGGGGGGAUUCAUUUAUCUUCCCUCGCACUUUGUUUGUGAGAUACAUUCACAGUGGAAGAUGGCUGCGUCCAGGAGCUCAGUCUGUCUAAUAGCAGUUAUACAGUUGUGCCUGAUGCUAUCUUGUACAUCGCAAGAAAGCUUUCCUCCAGCGAACGAUAUUCGGUCAUGGGCGGAGAAGAUGAAGGAGGACCUUGUGAAGUUGGUCCGCAGUUCUAGUGGAGUGGAUCAGCUGGAACAGAUCUACUUAAAAAACAGACAAUAUUACACUGUUGAAACGAAUAACGCACGACGAUUGGUAGAAAGUGCAGCCAGAGAAAUAGAAAAGCUGCUCAGCAACAAAGUGAAAGCCCUGAAGAGACUUGCUGCAGCAGCAGAAGAUUCUCAGCAAAGACAUAUCUGGAAAGAAGAAUUUGCGGAUAAUGAUGUGAUAUACUACAAUGCGAAAGAUGACCUGAUGAGUGUAUUAAAGCAAGACCAUGGAUUCAAGAGGUUCCAGUCUGAAAGAAAUGAAACCCGUCUGAGGAUCAAACCUGAUUUUCAAUUAAACCAAGCCUUCCGCCGCCGUGUGGACUUCAACCACACAGCUGUCCACAUCCCCACGGAUAUCUACGAGGGCUCAACAAUUGUUUUAAAUGAACUCAACUGGACGGCAGAUCUAGAUCCUGUUUUCAAGCGUAACAAAGAAGAAGAUCCUACGUUAAUGUGGCAGGUUUUUGGAAGUGCAACUGGCCUGGCUAGAUAUUAUCCAGCAUCUCCCUGGGUGGAUCUAUCAAAGACUGCCAACAGGAUUGAUCUGUAUGAUGUCCGGAGAAGACCCUGGUACAUUCAGGGAGCUGCUUCACCUAAGGACAUGUUGAUUCUUGUAGAUGUGAGCGGCAGUGUUAGUGGACUGACAUUGAAACUAAUUCGGACGUCAGUUUCUGAAAUGCUGGAAACGCUCUCUGAUGAUGACUAUGUGAAUGUGGUUUCUUUCAACAAUGCAGCAAAACCUGUAAGUUGCUUCCAACAUCUUGUGCAAGCUAAUGUGCGAAAUAAGAAGGUCCUCAAAGAUGCAGUUAAUCAAAUACAAGCAAAAGGAAUCACUGAUUAUAAGAAAGGGUUUACAUUUGCCUUUGAACAGUUGUUGAAUUUCAAUGUGUCCCGAGCGAAUUGCAACAAGAUCAUCAUGUUAUUUACAGAUGGUGGGGAAGAACGAGCCCAAGAAAUUUUUACAACAUAUAACCAGGACAAGAAAGUGCGAGUCUUCACCUUUUCAGUUGGUCAGCAUAACUAUGAUAAAGGACCAUUACAGUGGAUGGCCUGCACUAAUAAAGGCUACUUCUUUGAAAUUCCCUCAAUUGGAGCAAUACGUAUAAACACACAGGAAUAUUUGGAUGUACUUGGGAGACCAAUGGUUUUAGCUGGCACAAAGGAAAAACAAGUUCAGUGGACCAACGUAUACCUGGAUGCACUGGAACUCGGUCUUGUUAUCACAGGAACUCUGCCCGUCUUCAAUCUAACUCAAGAUGCUAGCGGAAACCGGAACCAGUUGAUUCUUGGAGUGAUGGGCAUUGAUGUAUCUCUAGCUGACGUAAAGAGGCUCACACCCCGUUACACUCUUGGGCCUAAUGGAUAUUAUUUUGCAAUCGAUCCUAAUGGUUAUGUAUUGCUUCAUCCAAAUCUUCAGCCUAAGAAUCCUAAAUCUCAGGAGCCCGUCACUUUGGAUUUUCUAGAUGCUGAACUGGAGAAUGAAAUUAAGGUUGAGAUACGGCACAGCAUGAUAGAAGGACAAAAUGGUGAGAGGACCCUAGACACACUAAUCAAAUCUUAUGAUGAGAGAUAUAUCGACAAAGGAACUCGAACAUACACAUGGACACUAGUAAAUAGUACAGAUUAUAGUUUGGCAUUGGUCCUGCCGCCUUAUGGUUCUCACUACAUCAAAGCCAAAUUAGACGAAGUUAUCACCCAGGCGAAACACUUAGAGUCAAUAAUGCCCGAUAACUUCGACACUACAGGAUAUGUGUAUCUCGCACCAAGGGAAUACUGCAAUGGAUUGACUCCUUCAAACAACAACACAGCAUUCCUGGAGAACUUUAUUCAUCUUAUCGACCGGCAAACUCCCAGUUCACCAAACUGCAAAACUGAUCUGAUCAAUAAUCUGUUGCUUGAUGCUGGAUUUACAAGUGAACUGGUUACAAACCAUUGGAGCAAACAAAGACCGGCUGGAGUUCUUGCCAGAUUCGUAGCAACUGAUGGUGGUAUUACAAGAAUUUACCCCAAAAGUGCUGGAGAAGAGUGGACAGAAAAUCCUGAGACCUAUGAAGCAAGUUACUACAAAAGAAGCCUUAACAACAAUAUUUACAUCUUCACUGCCCCUUACAUCAAUAAAACUUGGGAUGGAAUACAGAGCAGCGUAGAAUCUGGCAUUAUGGUCAGCAGAGCAGUCGAACUUAAAAUUGACGGGAAACUUCUGAAGCCUGCAGUUGUUGGAGUGAAGCUUGAUGUAAAUGCCUGGAUGGAAAACUUCACAAAAGUAGUUAGUAAGAGCAAGUGUUACCGAGAGAUCUGUGACUGCACAAAGAAUAGCAAGCACUUUGACUGUGUUAUAUUGGAUGAUGGUGGAUUCCUGCUAAUGUCAAACCAGGACGAUUACAUUGGAAAGAUUGGCAAGUUCUUUGGUGAGAUUGACCCAAGCUUGAUGAGACGUCUUCUGAACACAUCACUAUAUGCCUUCAAUAAAUCCUAUGAUUUCCAGUCUGUGUGUGAUCCAGAAAGUGAGACAAAAGCUGCGGCUGGUCUUCGUUCAGUCUACAUUCCCAGCAUAGUCGAUAUUUUGAAUAUAGGUUGGUGGGCGUCCAGUGCAGCAUGGUCUCUGCUGCAGCAGUUAUUCCUCAGCCUCGCCUUCCCACGCUUUUUGGAAGCAGUUGAUGCAGACAUUGAAGAUUUCUCCGAACCUUUAUCAAAGUCAAGCUGUAUCACUGAACAGACUCAGUAUUACUUUUAUGACAAUGAAUCCUCCUUCAGUGGGCUUGUGGACUGUGGCAAUUGCUCAAGGCUUUACCAUGCAGAGAAGCUCUCCAAUACAAACCUUGUGUUUAUACUGGUGGAGAGCAAGCAUACAUGUCAGUCAUGUGAUUCAAAGCCUCUCAUGCAAGCAGAGCAAAAAUCUGAUGGACCAGAUCCUUGUCUUUUAGCUCAGAAUCCCAGACAUAGGAAAGGUCCCGAUGUAUGCUUUGAUUCUGAUGAGCGUGAGGAUGACUCUGAGUGUGGCGGGAGCUCUAGUCUGAGCCCAUCCUUAUGGUCAAUGUUAGGCAUUCAGCUUGUUCUGCUCUGGCUGCUAAGUAGUGUCAGGUCUUAUCCAUCAUGACCGCAGAGAAUGAACGCCCAUCUCCGCUUUCUAUACCCACCACUCUGUAGCCUUGGAUUAAACCAGGGAAACCUUUGUCCCCAGGCAGUAGAAGACUGACCAUGUCCAUAUCCUGGUGUAUCACUGUGUGAAAGAUUCAUUGUUGACUCUCCAUAUGAAGAAUGGUUAAGGUGCUCCAUUGAUGAGUUUAAAAGAAAUGUAACAGUCAUACAAUGGCAGCAAAUUGGAUUGUCAGUAUUGAAACCUGCCAGGCAACCUAUGGGAACGUUAAUGCAUUUAUACAAAGAAAUAAUUAAAAAAAAUCUAGAUUUACUUAUCAUCAGGUUCAUAUUUUGUUUAGCUUACUUGAAUUUAGGAUGAAGGGUAUUCUUAGUUCAUGGCUUACAUUGGUUGCCUGUAACUAAUUUUAACAUCAUUUAAAUGGGCUGGUAACAUGUACGCAUGACCAACUGUCCUAAUGGUAAAAGACAUCAGAAAGCUUAAACAUUGCCAUGUUGGAUACUAAGCAGUAAUUGCAACCAUUUGAAACACCAAAGUCCACUGAUUAUUCCGUGGUUUAUGCUAUUAUGUUAUCAUUUGCUAUUCUGUUACCAAAGGAUGCCUGUUACCUUCCUUUUCCCUCUCAUUAAGCCAUAAUUCUAUGCCUGAUGCCCUUCAUGUUUGCUGAAGCAAAUGCGUAUGAUUGUUGUACCCCACACAAGAAAUAGCGCUAAGGCUUGUGAAUGAAAAAGCUGUCAUUGUGGCAAUUGAGUUUGGACACUGAUGCUUUUUUUGCAUGAGAUGCUGCUACUAUUUUCUCUUUUUGGUUUUAAUAUUGGAGUAUAGUUAAUGUGCAAGGGCAAUUGAGUGAGUGAAAUGUUGUUGAUGUGGAAUUUAGAUAAUAUGAUGUAAUAUAACCGUUUCACUUAAAACAACUGAACAUUGUCAAACAUACCUCUCUCAAAGUGCAGUGAACAGGCUGAAAGACUGGGAAUCAUACUCAAAUGCCAUUUCAAAAUUUAGAUUAUAUAUUUUUGAAUGGCUAGUAUUAAACUGAGGGCUAGAUUAUUACAAUCUACUUCUGAGCAAUGCCUAUAACAUAUGAGAAAUAAGAGUUAUAUGUGUCAUUUAAUUGAAUUACAGGAAAAUUCCCAAAUUAUUUGGAAUGCAGCAAAUGAAAUUUGAAUUUAUUGAAAAUCAGGUAAAGCUGAUAUCUAGCAGAUGUUUAAUUCUACAAGGAAAUUAAGUCAUAGGAGACAUGACAAUUGAUUAAGCAUGUGUAAUUUGGGAUUUCAUAACAGAGUCAGGUAGUCAUUUUAUUUACUAACCAAUUAUGGUGCAGUUAAACAACUGGAGACAUUAUAACGACAACAAAACCCAAAAAGGUGUGCCUUCAAGUUGAACAGACCUUUGGGGUAAUAUUAAAGAUCUUCAAUUCAUGCUUCAGCUGGUGCAGAGCAUUUAUUGAGAGUAGACAAGUUCUUUAUGUUUAUGUAAAAUCUUCUCAUUUUGAUCAUAACACCAAUGUAUUUGUACUAAAAUGGAAUGAUUGCUCUGUCAACAUCAACUCUCCAGGGAUAUGGAGAGGGAGAAUUUUCCAAAAAUAAGUAAUUAAAAUGACAAAGGAAUUUAAACUGCAUCAGUAGAAAAACUAAGAUGGCAGCAAAUCAUUGCAACUUUUUGGUUGUUUGGGCCAUCUAUUUUCAUUCAGACACAGAGGUACACUGUAAAAUAAUUUGCAAGAGCAAUUCAGUAUUUCAUGGUAUGUAAGUAAUCAAAUGUUAAUGUGUACGGAAACAGUAUUUCAUAUAUUUUGGGUAAGAGGAGGAUAGUUUUACUAUGCAGCUGGUUAAAAUCACUGUAGUUCGAAGCUUUGGAUGAGAUUUUGCCAGAGGCAGCAGCUUUUGAGUGGAUUUUCAAUGACCCUUUUGCCUGCAGGCUUUAAGUUGUUGGCUAUCUUUGCUGUAGCAUCAAAUUAGCAGAGGACUUCACUGACUCCACUUUUACUGUUUUUCUUUUAAAUGACCCAGAAUAUUUUCCAUUGCAUUUUUGAGUAUGCAGCACCCAUAUCUGAUGGUAGGCCAUGCAAAAUUCUGUGCCUGAUUUGGUCACUGCGGCAUGUGACCAGUGCAUUACCUCACAAUCGGGGUAACAGGUUAACUAGUAAACUACAGAUACUAUAUUAACUGUAAGCAGACCUAGACAUCCUGAAAGAUAGACCAAUUGUGACUUCUACUUAUUUUUCACCUCUGUCCAGGCAGUAUUAUCCUCUGUCCACAUGUUCAAUUAGUGGCUUUACUUACGGUUUGAUGCCUAAUUCACCAGUGAGCCAUUAGUAUAACACUAGCAGCAAGUAAAACAAAAUAACUUGACAUAGUAAUAUUUCUCUCUUUUUGAAGCAUAUCCCACUUUUAAUUGAGUAACUGGCCUCCUCCCUCUGUAAGCACUGUUAACAGGCACACAUGAACAACUUCAGAUAAUUCACCCUGACAUUUAUUUUCUGACCCAGUGAGGCUGUGUCUUGCCUACACUUGAGGCUUCCUCUGAGAUUAAUGCAAGUGUCCACUGCUGAAUUGAUUGGUACUAAUAUUAGAUCAUAUGUUAGCAUAUUCUGAUUUAAGUGCUGUUACAACAGGAUUAAUUAUUUAUGCCAUCUGGCCAACACUGCUGAUAAGGUUUACAAGUUGGAAGAAAACUGGUGGCAAUUAGUUCAAAACACAUAACUAUAAGCAGCCAUGAAAUUUUGCCACUGCAUAGAUAAUUUUGUACAUCAAAGAGAUUCUGGCUGGUUCAUUAAUCUUGGUGUCAUAUUUCAAUGAUAAUGUCAUUGAUGUUUUAAAAAUUGAGAAAUAAUGUUAUUUCUUAUUAUUCUGAAACAUUAUUUAAAGUUGAGAUUGUCUUUAGGAAUCUUCACCCAAAAUUUUAAACUCGUGGAUGAAACAUCAAAUAUUUAUGCUUUGGCUACUCAUUAGCUCACAUGGAAUUAUUGUAAAUCAGUUAUACUGUAAAUUAUGUCCUGAGCACCGAGCCAAAUUCACUCUUAAGAUUCAGAGAAAUGUAUAUUAGCCAAGAGCUGAACUGCAAAGAAAGUAUUUUGCCAUCAUUUAGGACCGACAUCCUCAGCUCCCAAAUUCACACAUCCAUUGCCAAAAGGUAAUUUACAAGAGAUAGGGGAAAACCAUUAAUGCUGUUCUUUGCCAACCUGAAGGUAUCUGGAUUUAACAAAGAAAAUGACCUAUUUUAGAUUUUAUUCAACUCCUUUAGAUGCUUAAGUUUCAAAAAGGAGUGGAAUUAUAAAACAAGGAUGCUUCUAGCCCUGUGGCACACUCAAUUAGUCAGUUGGAUUGAAUUCUACAGCUUGUUGGCUGAGGUUAGCCUAAUGAUUUAUUGCAAGAAAAAUUAGAUUAGAUGCAUCUGCAGUUAAUCACAAAGAAUGGUUUGAUUAUUGCUUUUGUUCUUAUUUACUUGCUUGAAGUGCUGGAUUGAUAUGUAAGUGUUUUUUCAAGACUUUUUUUUUAUGAUAGCUGCAAUCCUGCAAGUUAAUUGAAUUCAAUGAAGAGUCUGACUCUAAGGAUCUGAAUCAAUAUUUGCCCCAAGAUGUUGCCUCAGAGCAAUUGCAAAGGCUUUUUUGAUUCUUAUAAUCCUCUGUUCAUUUCAGAUAUUGUAUAGUUAAACUGUGAAGACAAAAGGGUGAGCCAGUACUGAUGUGAGACACUUAAGUGAGUUGUAUGCAAUGAUCCUGAUUGGUUGUUAAUGAUUCAAAUUUGGUAAAAUAAUUGUUUUCCUAUUCACAGAAUAUGUAUACUUCAAAUAUAUAUUUUUCAUAUUGUGUGGUUUUAUCCUCUUAGCCAUCAUUUUUGGAAAUCUUUCGAACUUUUUAUUCUGGCGUCAUAUUGGAGGAAUUGCAUUGACACUUGUAAUAUUUUAGUGCAGUGACAGGGUCUGUUUUUAGGUUGUUACAACCUUUAACUACCACAUUCUAAUUAAGAAGAACAAAACUUAGCUAAUUAAACACUGUACGGUACUUUAGUUUUCCACCUCAGAGUGCCAAUAACAUUUAAUAAUAUUAGCUCCUGUCCUUUGAACCUUGGAAGAUCAAGCCUUUGAUCAAUGAUAGCUGCUGAUGCAACUGAUGAAACAAUUAGAUGCAGGAGCUGACCACUCAACCUCUCGAAUAUGUUCCUCCUUUCAACAUAUUUUUGAACUGUUUUAGAUUCUCCCACCAGAUGAAUCAUGCUCUCACAUCCACACAUUCAACAAUGCUCAGCAUCUAUGUUUCAAUCAAGUUACCUACCCUGUCCAACCUUUCCUUAUAUGACAGCUUGCCCAUUCCAGGUAUUGGUGUAGUAAACCUUCUCUGAACUGUUCCAUUGUCCUCUAAGUAGGGAGAUCAACACUAUACACGAUACACCAGAUGUUGUCUCAUCAAUGCCCCGUAUAACUGAAAGAAAACCUACUUAUUUUUGUGUCCAUUUGCUCUUGCAAUAAACAAUAACAUUCAGGUGUUUUCUUAAUUAUUUGCUGUACUGCCAUACUAGCCUUUUGUGAAUCAUGCUCAUGGUCUCACAGAUUCCCCUGCAUCUCAGAGCUCUGUUCUCUUACCAUUUAGAUAAUAUGCUUUUCUUAAAAAAAAACUUGCUAAAAUGGACAAUUUUACAUUUUCACACAUUUUACUCCAUUUGCAAAUUUUGCCAGCUCACUUCACUCACCUAUAUCCCAUUCAUAGCCUCCUUAUGUUUUCUUUGUUACUUACUUUUAGACCUUUCUUUGUGUCAUCAACAAAUUUAGCAACCUUUUGAUGCUGUCCUCUAAGACUUUUAAAAGGUUGAGGCCCAAAAAUUGAUCCCUGUGGCAUACCAUUCAUGCAUACCUUGUCAACCUGGAAAAGACCCAAAGUCAUACAAGAUUGUUAUCUCGCAUUCGAUGGCAAAUAUCUUGACCCUGAUCCAUCACUGCUUCAGCUGUUGACCAUUUGCUUCAGGGAAAGAUAACCCCCUGCAAUACCAUUCUGUUUCCUGUUUCCCUCCAAAUCAAUGCAAUGGAUAGCUGUAGAAAGCUGAUGCAUAGUAACGCAGUUCCAGAGAAUCUUGAGCCAAGCUAGAUUGGUUUCCAGCUUUAGCCCAAUCCAGAACAGACCAGGUUAAUUUGUGCUUUUACAUUGUCUCAUCAAAUCUAUCUGCAUGGUUCUUUCCACUGGACUCUGAACUUUGGGUUGGAUUUAUUAGCAGGUACCAUUAUAAUUUGAAUAGUAAGUCAGGAUACCCAAGGAAACCAUUAGUUGUCUUUGAAGUUGUAGUGUUAGCUCAUUAACCAACUGCAACCUUAUUCAGAAAUACUGCACCUGCCGUGUUCUUUCAUAUCCAUUUUUAGCUAUUGGGAAAAAUGCUAAAACAGUCUUCACAUCAUUGAUAAAAUGCCAAAAAAGUAUCUAUAAGGAAGUGAACAUUUUUUGUUGCAACCUGCUUCUGUGUAUCACUUUCUAGAAUUAUAACUACUCUGUCACAAAUGGUCACACCAUGCAGUCUGUCCACAGAACAUUCCCCAUUUCCUUUCAUUAAAGAAUGGCCAUUCACAAUGAUGAAAGUGUCUGCGUGCGUGAGUUCAAAAUGAAAAACAUUUUGAUUUUAAUAAUACAAUAUAACUUGUUUCCAUUGUGUUUAUAUAUUUGUUUCCACUGUGGUGAUUUCAGUGAACUUUUUUUUGAAAGACAAACUGAAAUAAUUCUCCAUUGGAACAAGCAAUUAGUUUGCACCAAUUAAUACAAAAGAAUAGAAAUACAGGUCUCAGUCAACUUAUGGAAGAAGUAUUUCUGAAAGAAAGUGCACAUGUAUCUAAGUGCUUGGCAGGAUUUGGCACAGUGCCAGUAAAUCAUUCCUGUUGAUUUUGUUAUUCUCAUAUUAAAUUGAGGAUUAUUUGGAUUGCCCUCAAAAUUUUAGGUUUCCCAAAUAGCUGGUUCUAACAAGACUCAGGGCAGAACAUGCAAAGAAAAAUUAAUAGGUAAUGAAAGUACCUCAGAUAGCGUCAUAAGAUGAUAAAGAUGAGUUGUGCAAUCUUCAAAUGCACUUCACAAAUUCUUUGGUCUUCAUUUCAAAUCACUUUCUCUGGUAGACCGUGAGGUGAAAAGCUUCAUGCAUUUUAAUUCAUAGUGGUGUUAUGAAUAGCAUAUUGUUAAGCCUAUUUAAAUCUAGUUUCAGCCAAUAAAAGAAAAGCCUCAACAUAAAAGCGUGAGCAAUAUCAAUGUGAUUACCAUUGAUUUGAAAAUCAAAUAUAGACAUUAGCUGGGUUUGUAUAUGCUAAUAUGCUUAGUUUGACUGUGUUAGCAAGACAAGAUACUCCAUGCAAGUUAAUCUUACCAAAAAUGGCUCUCCUUAAGAUCUUGCAACUUUAAGCAGUUUUUUAAUCACCAAGUUCAAAUUCUUCUAUUUGGUUUUAACUCCGUAAUCAUGGGUGUUGUUUACUUUGAGUAUUCCAUGUCCAUGGUUGCUCUUUAUCUUAUUGAUCUAUUCAGAUAAGCAGGGUUUGCAUGAGUUGCUGAUUUAACGAUUUUGGCAAAGUUCUUGUUUUAUUCUUGUGCUACACACAGCCCUCAGUAUGGCAUUGGCAAACUUCUGUAGUAACUGUUUGCUUCUGAUGUUCCUUUUCUGUCUUUAAUUUCCUGACAAUUCAGCUUUGCAGAAGGUGACCAUUUCUUCCAAUUAAAAGCAGAUGCUUUUCUUGAACAAAGAAACAAGUUAAUAGUGACAUUCAGAAUUCAUAGAUCAGGCCCCAUAUCAUUGUCAGAUUAAUGGAUCCCAAAUAUGAAUUUGAACUAGGCGUUGUUUCUCGAAAUGUUUAUUUCAUCCAAGCUUCCUCCCAUUAAGUGAAAAUGAAGCACUUAUGUAAUUCUGAAGACAACAUUUUAUUUUCUUGUUUGUUUGUAGCUUAAGAAUUUCAAAGUUUGAGUCUGAUUUCCCUAACCUGAGAGUACAAAUUGGUUGGUGGUUUUCUUUAGAGGGUGAAAUCAGAUUUUGCUCCUUCCCCAUUGCCAAUGAUAAGAAUUUAUUUCACAAUGCUAGAAUGCAAAUUCAUUCUUUAUAACUUUUUUUUAUUUGAAUCUUCUUUUGUUUUAAGAGAGUUCAGUUAGCUUUGACAUUCUCUGUUUAGAAUGAGAAGUUUUCCACACACAGAUCCAAUUUCAUUACAUGGAUAUCACUGGUAGUAACAAGGGUUUGAAUUGUGAUGGCUUUCUCUAAGACGAGCAAGAUUCUUUAGAUGGUUCCCAUUUUCUUGUUUUUCCUGCUACCAGUUUCAGAGCAACAUUCUUGUUUGCCCGUUUACACUCUCUCUACAUGAGUCAAAGUACAUGGCAUUUUUUUUGGAAAUAUACCAAUUUAGCUUUCUUUCAGAGUUUUCGGGAUUAAACAAUUAAUUGAGCCCCUUUUUAUAAAGUGCAAUAAUAGAGACGUUUUGACAGUUCACUUACAUUUUGUCAAAAAGAUGUUUCGUAUUGGAUUAUUUAAGAUGAAAAACUGUGUUUCUGUUUUCUUUUUUGUUUCCGUUAUUGGCCCACAGUACCAGUCAAGAAUUUAUUACUAACAUGUACUGUAACAUCAUUGAGCAGUUCAGGGCCCUGUAUGGUAUUCACAUGUUUAGUAUUGGUCCGAGUAAUUCAUUGUCACCACGGUCAUCUUUCUACCAUAGUUAAAUCUAAUUGUAGAAGUACUGUUUUUAUUCAAGGCUCCAGCAUUUGCCUAAAGUUUUGCCCAUCCAUAAACUCGUGAAUGGUUCCAGAAAUUGUUCUCCAAAUCUACCAAUGUUUAUCUUGUAGACUAGCGAGUGGUACUUUGUAUACAUGGUUUUCGGUAAGCUUAUAACAAUGUUGACAGAGCUGUCUUCAUUCAGUAUUUUGUGCAACAGAUUUGGCAGGAUUAAUGAAUCAUGAUUCCCUUUUCCAAAAGCCAUAUUGAGAAUAUCUACAACCUCUUUAGUAAGCAAAAAACAAACUGCAGGGUCACAACCCAAAACAUCAACCAUCCCUUUGCCUGCACAGGUACUGCCUGACCUGUUGAGUUCCUCCAGCAAUUUCUUUUUUGCUCCAGAUUCCAGAUCUGCCCUCUCUCUUGUGUUUCCAACCUCUUUAGUGAGCAUAUCAUUGUACAGAGCAUUUAUGAUGCUACAAUUUGACCAUAACUUAUCAUGGUAAUGGGCCUAUAGUUUCCCAGAUGUGAUCACUUCUUCUUAAAUAUUUGUAAGUUUUGAGCCUUCUCUCUAUUCUGUUGAAACAAUCCAAAUAUUCAGCAAAGGGCAUAUUUAGACAGUGUUAAGAUUUGUGCACUCUUCUGAUAAGCAUUGCUUAAAAUACAAGAAGGGUUUCCUCUAUGAUAUUUUUAUUUUGAGCUGAAAAUUCUUAGUUAUUUUGCUUAGUUCAUCCCAAUCAAAAUGGGCCUUGGCCUGGUUGGCAAAGUUUGUAUUAGCACAAAAGACUGGCUGUAAAAUAAAAAUGAGAACUGCACUGUAUUCUUAAAUUGAUGGCUAAACAGGACACUGACCACACAUUAACUAAUUUUGGCAGUGGCAUUCGAUAUCUUUUUUGUUUUAAUUUCCCAUUACUCCUCCACAUCAGAUAGUAAACAAAGAAAGAAGCAUAAGGCAUUUUUAGUAUUAAUUCACAUGUUUGGGAUUAUAUAGCCAGAACUGUGAAUAGGAAAAUAGAUGGUGCUCAUUCUAAUUGUUGAUUUAAAAAUCAUGAAUUCAAGUUAAUUGAGUGAAAUUAAACAGAAUUGUUGCAUCCUCAACAUUGCCAGUUCGUGGGUGGUUUGGUUUUGAACACAUUUUCAAUGAAACAGCUUUAGUUAUGCUUGAACUAUGAAAUUUUGAAGACCCUUUUACAUGUACAAUUUGAUGUUGAUUUUUCUUUAAAGCUUAUGCUGUUAGAUGAAUUGGUGAAGAGCAAUGCUGCCAUUUGUGUGUGUUUAUAUGAGGUUUAAAUAGCUUUUUUUUUCAAAAUCAUCUAGCCCUGUAGCCUUACUGGGUUGCAAGUUGCAAAGCUAUCUUACAAUGUGAAUGAAGGGAAUUGUGCUGUUGUUGACCAUAGUGCAGAGUGUCCAGAUCCUGCUUUAAUGGAUUGUUUUAUUUAUGGUCUUCUUGUGCUUUCUGAACGUUUUGUGGAACCUGACAAGCCUGAAAGAAAAAUUUUGUAUAAAUUUGUACAAUACUGUUUAAAAAAAAGUUUAUAAUCUUAGAAAUGUUGUGUUACUUUAUUCUUGUGCAAAUAUAUUCAGAAUAAAAGAUUUAUCAGUUAAAUCAU